GUGCACUGUGUCCCUCGGACACAGUGGAUCACCGAUCAUGGAAAGAGCCGAAGAUGUCAGCUCGGUCAUGAGAUCAGCUGUGUCCAAUCACCGCUGAUCACAUGGCACUGAUGAUCAGUGUGCCCUGAUGAUCAGUGUAGCCCCAGCAGUGUCACCUGUCAAAGUCCAUCAGUGCCUAUCAGUGCCACAUCAAUGCCACAUAUCAGUGCAUACCAGUGCACAUCAAUGCCACAUAUCAGUGCCCAUUUGAGCUGCCUUUCAGUGUCAUCCAUCAGUGCCACCUAUCAGUGCUGCCAGUCAGUGUCGCCUAUCAGUGCCAUGUAUCGGUGCUGCCUUUCAGUACCCAUCAGUGAUGCCUGUCAAUGCCCAUCAGUGCCACCUAUCAGUGUCCAUCAGUGCAGCCUCGUUAGCGCACAUCAGUGAAGGAGAAAAAUCACUUAUUUACAAAAUUUUAUAACAAAAACUAAGAAAAAAACCAUUUUUUUUCAACAUUUU